AUAGAUUUGUUUUUUAAAGGAAUCGGUAAAAAUAUAUAAUACGAUUUAAUUGAGGAAGAACCAUAAUAUCAUAUAAUUUAUAUUUUAUUAAUUUUUUAAAGAAAAUUUUACAACAAAUACCAAAUAUUAAAUAAAAAAUUUAAAAUAUUAGUAACUUGUAUGUUUUAAUUAUGCUUGCCAAAUUAGAAGUUGAUAUAAGAAUUUUAUUAACAAAUUGCGAAGAAUUAAGCAAAGAUGAAAGUAACUUCUGGAGAUUAAAAAAAUUCAUCAAAUCAUUGGACACUAUGAUUUAUGAGCUUAAAGACACCGAAACGUAUUCUAGUCUAAGUUCUUUAUCAGAUUAUUAUAAUCGUUUGCAAGAAUUAAAGACGAUUACAAAUUAUCAAGAAGCAUCGGAGAACAAAAAAAUACUUUCAAAAUCAAAAUUAAAACAAGGAGCCAGUAAUGAUUUGAUUAGAGAAGUAAACCAAAUAAAAAGUUCAAAAAAACUUUCUGAUUUGCGAAAAGAGCUCCUGGAUGAAGAUGAUGGAUUACGAAAACGAACUAAUUUACAAAAUGAAGGAAUGGAUCAGACUAUGAAAUAUUACAGUAAUGUGCAAGAAAAAAUUACGGAAGAUAUGUUAGCAUUAACACGUAGCUUACGAGAGCAAACAGCAACAGCUAAUCAAAUUAUUAAAAAAGAUACUGAGACUAUAAGCCAGUCGUCGCAUAUAUCAGAUAAAAACUAUGAUUCUCUAGCUAAGGAAAGUGAAAUCUUGCAACAUCAUUCUAGUAGAGCCUGCAAUUGUUGGAAAUGGUUAAUGAUAGUAUCAGUAAUAAUAAUAUUUAUAUUUAUGGUUCUUUUCAUGAGAAUAAUGAAAAAGAAAACUUCAUGAAAGUGUAACAAUUCGGGUGCAUGGCUAUGGGUAGUUCUUUUUAUAAAAUAAUAGAAAAAAUCACUUUUUGGAAGUAUGUACAUAUUUAUAAUAAUUAUUAUGUUAUGUACAUAAGUAUGUACAUGUAACAUUACUAUUUUGAACAUUGCAAUUCGUAUUCAAGUUUUUUAGUGAAAAUUAAAUUAUUUUUAUUUAUAUAUAUAUUUAUAACAUAAUAUUUAUUUGUGUAAUAAAUCUUAAUGUUCUUAUGUUAUAAUACUCAU